AGGACGGAUGCGGCAUUUUUCUGCGGAAGACGCUUCGGGCGACGCAAAGCCAUUCCUUCCGUUUGAGGGAUGUCGCUGAGAGGCAUUUUCCGGAUGCUGCGAAUCUGCGCGGCGGGGCUGGCUUCGCAGCUGCCUUGUGGCGGGAACUGCACGAGAAGCUGACUUUGGCCAAUGCAGUGGAAGUCUCCGUUGAGUCUGGCAGGGACCCCAAGGGGAUCUUUCAGCGCAGGAAAGUUUGGAUCUCCACGUGUCAUCUCUACUGGGAUCCGCGCUAUCCAGAUCUGAAACUUUUGCAGGCAUGGCUAUUGGAGCGUGAGCUGAGCGCCUUGAGUGGUGGCAAACCAUUGAUCCUAGCGGGCGAUUUGAAUAGCACCCCGUUGCUGGAUGGCCGCUCUCAGGGCCCGAAAGGGGCAGAGCUUUCCGGCGUAUACGAGCUGAUGACGCGAGGCAGAGUUGAUGUGCAGCAUCCACAUCAUCCAGUACUCCUGCGGCCGGGCACUGGAAUCCUCGCCGGUGUACGGCCGCAGGACGUGCCGGAGUUCCAAGUCGAAUCCUUUCAAAGCGCAGCCCAGGAAGCUGGAGGUGAGGUAACUACCAACAUCUCUGCAGACUUCAGGGGUUGCUUGGACUACAUCUUCUACCGAGGCGAUGGCUUGCGGCUGCUGAAAACCAAGUGGCCUCAAGCGGAUGCGCUCAGCCUACCUUCUGAGGAUCAUCCGUCGGACCAUCUGCCUUUGCUGGCUGAGUUUGAACUGAGUGAGGAUCGCGACGAAAAAGAUGCAUGGGAAAGGUGCUGGCCUCGAAUCGAGGCUCAGGUCCCGGAGAUUGCAGCGCUGCAGUUGGAACCCUCGUUGCUGCCGGCCAUUUUGGGCUUCUUCACCUACACGGUGGGUAAGGAUCCAAAGAACUUUUCCAAGGCAUUUUCUGGUCACCCGAGGAGCGACGCUUGCUGCAGGCAGUGCAAGCCUAGGCCUCCUUGGCACAGUCAGCACAGUCGCCGCGGCGGCCUUCAGGGCUCGCCACCUCUGAUGUCACCUCUGGCACCGGAGGAUUGGUGGGCUUCGAGAGAUCCAAGGGGCAAAGUCAUUGACAUGCUGAAGGAUAUGGAGCUUCAGGGCGAGAAGGAGAAGAAGGCCGAAGCGGUGCAGUUUGCUGCUUACCAGCAAUUCUGUGAGAAGACGGAGGUGGAGAAGAAACGCAUCAUUGCGGACAGCAAAGACAAGGUUGAGGUGCUGACUGCAGAAAUUGAGAAGAGCGGGUCGGACGCUGAGAAGCUGGCAGAGGAGAUCGCUGGGCACCUGGCAGAAGUGGAGUCCGUGACGGCGGAGAAGGAGGCAGCCAGCAAGGUGCGCGAGACCGAGCGUAAGGACUUCCAAGCCAUGUUGAAGGAUUAUACGGAGUCGGUGGAUGCCAUUGGACGUGCCUUGAAGGUCUUGAAGGCCCAGGCGGCACCUGCCCUGGUGCAAUUGAAAUCGCUGGAGCUGCCGGAGCACGCCAGCCGAGGUCUGAAUGCGCUUCUGUCAGAAGGCUCCGAGGAGCAACUUGGAGAGCCCAGCUACGAGUUCCAAUCUGGAGGCGUCGUGGCGAUGCUCCAGAAGUUGGAGGACAAAUUCCUGGAGGAACGGCUGCAGUUGGAGAAGGCACCCCGGGCACCGGUGGCGUGGCGUUUCCCAACGGGUGGAGGGAGAUGGAUGUGCCAGGCCCACUUGUUGCCUCCAUGCUUGCGACAUCCCGAAAUCCUUCUUGCUGUGGGCAUUUCAUUGCAUGGCCUUCCUGAAAUGCCACCUCAGCCCGAAGUUCCAGUUGACACUUGUGAGGCUGAAUAUGAGAUAGCGCUACUCCAGAGCGAUUCCUCCAUUACGUGUUGUUUGAAAUCACCUUUCUCUGCGGAAGUGAAAGAGUUGCUGAAGACGCACAGCAAGGAUUUUCCAAGAGCAGACGGCGAAGAGCCGGUGGACUUAAAGAUUUCUCGACCAGCUUUGUAUCUUCUCCAGCGUGCUGUGGAGAGCUAUGGAGUGCAGCUGAUGCACAAGGUGAACCUGUUGGCAAAGCACCGCAAGGCGCAGACGGUGGAGCUCCGCGAUUUGCGAGCACUGCUUGCUUUGGAGGCAGCCCACGAAGGCAUGGUUACCCCGGCUUCGUCCAGUUGCUGCGGCUUGAAGAAGGCCCGAAAGUCUUGA